AUGACUGCUGGCUGGAAGCGGCUUGGGGUAUUCGCUGCCUUCCUCGUCACUGUGAGCCUGCUGCGCCACGCUGCGCUGACAACUCUGGCCCCAGACCUGCCGGUAUUGCUGGACUCCGAAACUCCGGGGCCGCCAGCGGUCCGAGCAGAGAGAGCCCAAGGAGAGGUCAAGAAUGACAUGGCAUCCACUCCGCGUGUGACCGGGAAGCCAAGCUUCGACCUCGGUGCCUUCGAGCAACUGCCACUGGUGAAGCGCUUCCGGUCUCGGGGAAAGGCAUGCAAGGCCUUCCGCAACCUGGGUAACCCAGGCUCUGGAUUCAAGAGGAAGGUGUUCAUGAGUCAUCACGCUGGCUUCGGCAACGUUCUCUUUCAGACGAUCUCCAUAGCGACAGCGGCAUCGUUAAGUGAUCGGAGCUUGAUCGUCCAGCAACAGCCAGAGGUCAUUAACCUGGCUGGCUUCUUCGGGGCGUUGCAAGAGGCACCUCUGGCCUACGAGGCAUACCUUGGCGCUCAGAAGCUCGAAGGACUCCUUCCAUGGACGCAGGUGGUUGAAAAGUUGCAGACACACCACGAGCUAGCGUAUGCGUUGGGUGUGACAUGGGAAGACUUGCAGCUGGCGCUGAGGGCCGACAUCAAAAGGACCUUGCAGGAUCAAGGAGCUGGUGACGCAGCAAGUUGCAAGGCUCGCGCGCUCUAUGAUUCCCCCAGCCAGGAGCUCCUGAAUGCAAUUGGCCGCCCACUGGCCAAUUUGUCCAGUGCCGAUGUGCUCGUCGGGGUUCACUUCCGCUUUGGUGACAGUGUCAUCCUGAAGAAUCUGAAUUACAGCGGGUCAUGGGAUCAUGCUGGGGAUGUGCGCCUGCAGGAGAGCAAGUGGCAAGAGACGUGGGGGGUCGUGGACGAGCUGAUUUCGCAGCUGGAAGAAGGUUCCGGGGCUUCUGUGCGCCUGACCGUUGCCACGGACAACCCUCCCCGUCUGGACGAAGUGGAGCGCCGCUACGGGCGUCGCCUCUUACCCCAGAUCCCGUCGAAGGCACUGUACCACUCCUACAUGCUUCAGCCGGAGGAGGAGCCAGCCCGCUCUGAGUACCGGGAGUCAUUUCGGAAGAUGGUUGCCGACUGGUUCCUCCUCGCUCUGAGUGACGUUGUCGUGCAGCCCAUGCGCAGCAGCUACAGCGACGCAGCGCUCUUGCUGGCCAUGCCGCUGCUAGCCCUGAAAAGCACGAAGCCAGAGAUGGGGUCGCUCCGCAGGGGCGUUUCCGCCGUGCUCGCCAGCCUUGGAGCUCCUUUGGACUUGGAGGAUGGGCUGUGA